AUGCUGGCCACUUUUGCCGUUUUUACACUGACACUGGCGCGGAUCGCCCCCAUCUCGGCCGAGCGGACACCCAGAGAAGUCCCAUGGUCAGACAAGACAUAUGGCCCAGACGGACCAUGGCGAGCUAUACAUGCCAAAAUCGGCGAACACAAGCAAGACGUCGACCUCUUUCCUGGAAGUGACUGGGAGACAUGGCUGAUCGAAGAAGCAUACUGCGAAAAGGGCACUUGCUCUGCUUCAAGAGCUGGCACCUACGACACGUCCGCCGCUACGACAGGAGGGAUCCAGUGGAAAGCAGCCCUCGAGAACUAUAUGCGCGGAGUGAACUUGCAAGGCGAAGGCGGGACAGCAUACCAGGACGGUAUUGAGUUGGAUGGGGUUACGGUGAAGAAUGCAAGUCUUGCUGUCCUGGGAACAUCAACACCACAGAAGAUCAAGUACCCUGGUGGUAAGACUGCUGGAUUCACGGCUGGUUGUCUAAGUCUGGGAGGGAGAAGAGAAACGAACCAAAGCUUCUUCGUUGGCGACAACGUCCCUACCAUCAAUGCAAGUCUUCCAUCGGGAUGGCUAUGGGACAACGGAUAUACCGAGUCUUACUCGUUCGGCAUGCAUAUUGGAUCAGCUCAGCCAGCGACUAGGGUUCCCGGUUCACUUUGGUUCGGAGGCUAUGAUCAGAACCGUGUUGUUGGGGAGAUUCUAAGCAUGAAUGGCGGUCCAAGAGAUGGGAUCACACUUCGGGAUAUCAGUAUUGACGUGGUUGGAAGCAAGUCGCCAUUUGAGUUCCGAUCCAAAGGCGGUUUACUGUCCGAAGGUAACUCCUCUAUUGGGCCCUCCUUCAAGGUAUUAGUUGACGGCUGUUCGCCAUACUUGACACUUCCCAAGUCGACGUGCAAUAACAUCGCCUCCCAUCUCCCUGUCAAGUUCAGAAAGGACCUCGGCUUGUACCUUUGGGACACUGAAUCGGACAAGUACAAAGAGAUCAUCUCUUCUGCUUCGACACUUACCUUUGAGUUCAUCUCGACAUCUAAUACCAAUCCGGUCAAAAUCCGCGUCCCGUUCAUGCACCUCAACCUUACUCUCGAAGCACCUCUCGUCGACGAACCGAUACCGUACUUCCCAUGCCACGUUAACGGCGGCGACCGAUGGGUUCUGGGACGUGCGUUUCUCCAAGACGCUUUCAUCGGGGCCAACAUGCGACGCGGUGUAGACACUUGGUGGUUAGCCCAAGCACCAGGUCCCAAUAUUCAGGCGACUGCGAACCCUGUCACGAUUGGGGAGAUGGACGAUACUGUCAAGAAGGGCGGAAAUGACUGGAACCAAUCAUGGACAGGAUUCUGGAACGACGAAGACGCACCGUCGAGUAUUCCAAGUUCUAAAGCAGACGCGAAAGACGAUGAUGAACCAAAGGAGGAUGAGGAAGAGGUUGGGAUGUCGGUUGCCGCCAAGGCUGGUAUCGGCGCUGGAAUCGCUGCUGCUGUAAUUGCCAUUGGAGUCGGAGCCUUCUUCUUCUGGCGUCGACGUCGAAGUCAGACUAAACCAGCUCCUGAGACAGCAUACGGACAGAACGCCAUGCAACAACAUUACAUCGACACAAAGCCCCAAGAGCUAUCCCAGAGGUCACCUCAAGAGUUAUCUGGUAACGAGGUAUUUAUGCAAAGGUCUUAUCAGCGGUUUGAGUUGCCUUGA